AGCAAGUGCACUGGGACUUGAUUAUUGACUUCACUCUUCACACCAGUUAGUUUCUCACUGCUGAGCUGGUCCGGACGUAGAAGUUGGUUUUUACCUUCCCGUUUUUUUUUUUCUUCAAACAUAUCGUGGAUGCAUAGAAAAGUUUCUGGAUUAGGGCAGAAUUAACACAAAGCGGCGACGCCACUCCAGCGACACUCGGCGAAACAACGCAGAAGAGGCGAGAGGGGGGACCGAGACAGAGGGAGCAACACGACGGGGUGAAGACACUAGAGCGAACCUCAACUACCUCUGAAAACUGUGACAGCGAGAGGCCAUCCCAGAGAGAGAGAGGGAGAGAGAGAGAGACAGCAGCAGAGAGGCAGGGGUCUUUGCACACAAGGUCCUGAAGGAUGGAGGAGAAGCAGUUAGCUGGGAUCCGGAACGGAGCAGUUCCAGGCGAGCCAGUGAAGAAGGAUGAAAACCUCCGGAGAGGCAACUGGGGCAACCAGAUUGAGUUUGUCCUCACCAGCGUGGGCUAUGCUGUGGGCCUGGGCAACGUCUGGAGGUUUCCAUAUCUCUGCUACAGAAAUGGAGGCGGUGCCUUCAUGCUGCCGUACAUCAUCAUGCUGGUGUUCUGCGGCAUUCCUCUCUUCUUCCUCGAGCUGUCCUUCGGUCAGUUCGCCAGCCAGGGAUGUCUGGGAGUCUGGAGGAUCAGCCCCAUGUUCAAAGGUGUCGGUUACGGCAUGAUGGUGGUGUCCACAUACAUCGGCAUCUACUACAACGUGGUCAUCUGCAUCGCAUUUUACUACUUUUUCAUGUCUAUGACCAACCUGCUGCCAUGGACCUACUGCAACAACCCCUGGAACACGGCGGACUGCACCGGGGUGCUGGGCAGUGGGUACCCGCUCAACAGCAGCCUGGUCAAUGCCACCACCAGCCUGGUGGCGGGGGUGACCGAGGUGGUCAACCGCACCAAGAGGACAAGCCCCAGUGAGGAGUACUGGAAACACUAUGUGUUGAACAUCUCUGAUGGUAUUGGAAACUUUGGAGAGGUCCGUCUCCCCAUCCUGGGCUGUCUGGCAUUGUCCUGGUUUGUCGUCUUUCUGUGUCUCAUCAGGGGUGUUAAAUCCUCUGGAAAGGUGGUGUACUUCACAGCCACAUUCCCCUAUUUGGUUUUGACCAUCCUGUUCAUCCGUGGCAUCACCCUGGAUGGAGCCGUCAACGGCAUCAAGUACUACCUGACUCCGCAGUGGCACAAGGUUCUUGACGCAAAGGUGUGGGGAGAUGCUGCCUCACAGAUCUUCUACUCUCUGGGCUGUGCCUGGGGUGGGCUCAUUACCAUGGCUUCUUACAACAAGUUCCACAACAACUGCUACAGAGACAGCAUCAUCAUCAGCAUAACCAACUGUGCCACCAGUGUGUACGCCGGCUUUGUCAUUUUCUCCAUCCUGGGCUUCAUGGCGCACCACCUGAACGUCCCCGUGUCCGAGGUGGCUGACCACGGCCCAGGCCUGGCCUUUGUGGCCUACCCAGAAGCCCUCACUCUGCUCCCCAUCUCACCGCUCUGGUCGCUGCUCUUCUUCUUCAUGCUCAUCCUCCUGGGACUGGGGACUCAGUUCUGUCUGCUGGAGACCCUGGUGACGGCCAUCGUCGACGAGAUCGGCACCGACUGGAUCAUAAGAAACAAGACUGUGGUCACGCUGUCAGUGGCCAUAGUUGGAUUCUUACUGGGAGUGCCACUAACAACACAGGCAGGAAUCUACUGGCUGCUACUGAUGGACAACUACGCUGCCAGUUUCUCUCUGGUCAUCAUCUCCUGCAUCAUGUGCAUCUGUGUCAUGUAUAUUUAUGGUCACAGGAACUAUUUCAGAGAUGUUGAAAUGAUGCUGGGUUUCCCUCCUCCUCUCUUCUUCAGAGUCUGCUGGAGAUUCAUCUCCCCCUUCAUCAUCUCUUUCAUCCUGAUCUUCACAGUGAUUCAGUACAAACCCAUCACCUACAACAACUACGUGUACCCCAGCUGGUCCCUGGCUAUUGGCUUCUGCAUGGCUAUGUCCUCGGUGAUCUGCAUUCCCGUCUACGCCCUCUACAAGAUCUCCAGGUCCCCAGGAGCCACCUUCAGAGAGCGGUUGAAGUUCGCGUGCCGAGCAGAUCCAUCUUGGGGCCCCGCCCUGCAGGAGCACCGGACAGGCCGCUACGCUCCCAUGGCCUCUGAAGACACCGUGGAUUCCCGUCCCCUCAAGGAGAAGGAAGAGCUGAAGGAGGAGCAGAAAGAGGAGUUGAAGGAAAAGGAGGAGGAGACGGAGAGGAGAGAUGACAUCAGUCUCACCAUUCAGGGGAGCAACGGCUCCACCAACACACACAACAACCCCAACCCCAGUGCAUAGACGGCACCCCCGACUCUGUCGGCGCCCCAUCCAUCUCCUCCUUCUCUUCCUCCAUUUUUCCUUCCUUCUCCUCCAACCUCACCCCACUUUCCCACAGUCCUCUGUGGGGGAGAUCCCAUUCGCUGGAGACCUUUACAUAUUGUAAGGGCUUAUUAUUUCAAUCCUAACCUCUUCUAUAUCUAUCUGUGUGUCGUCUCGAGAUAAGCAAAGAACAAAAAAACGAAAGGAAGAAAAAAUUGGGUCAUCAUCCAAAAGAUUAGUGUGUGUGUAAGUGUGAGUUUAGAGUUUGCGUGUGUGUGUGCGUGCGUCGUUUGUGUGUGUGUGUUAAUUUGUCCGACAUAAAUUGAUAAUGCAGUUUGUUUUCUCCCAUGUAUAUGUCACCUGCAUAUGCAGUUGGAGGUACAGUAGAUUGUGACGCUGCAUGUGUUUGUCGUGUGCAUGCAGCAACAUAGAGACACACACUGUUCUCCUUUAUUCAGUUAGUCAGGUCUGUUUGUCGGGGAUCGUGACGUUCGAGCGGCGGGGAUUUGACGGCUGGAGACCUUGUCGUGGUGCUGUAACGUAGCGGAGGAGGGUGAACUGUGCCUGCACUGGCCAUUUAUAGUGUGAUGAUGCUGAGGGAUGGAAGCAGUCUCAACUUCAUGGCCAGAAAUGAGACGGAAACACUCGUUCACACACUCUCACACUAUUGUACAUUUUACAGCACACAGUGACCUCAACCAUAGUUGAUCUCUGCUUGAGACUAAGCCUGUUUUUUUUUUUUUAUGCUGCUUCUUCUUCAAAAAUAAGUUCUGCAGAGAAAAAAUGUUUUAACACCCGAGACGGAGACUGACACUUAGGGCUGUUAUUCCGUGGAAAUUUCCUCCAUUUUUAACUUUAUCUUUUUACUAAAGCUGCUUAAAGGUUGAGAACUCAGAGAAACGUCAGUGAACUUUAACUGUAUUGUGACUCUUUCACACACACACACACACACACACACACACACACACACACACACACACACACAGUACACGGAGCAUAUUUGUUCCCAGUUUUUUGUCAGAAGGGAUCCCAUGGCCAUUUCUCAGGGUCCACGCGAAGUUAAACUUAAUGGUUUGUAGUCGCUCCUCACCUUUGGAAACCGUGUCUCCACUAAGGUGGCCUGUUAAGACACACCUCACUGUCUGAAAAUCCCAACACACACAUACACAAAAUAGGUGGAUGCAACUCUAAAUCGAGAAGUGCCAUCUCAUCUUGAAGUCUUCCAGGCAUUCCUUUUUUGGAUGAAAUGCAUCUUGGGAUGUGGCCUGUGACGGAGGAACUCGGGCUGGACGAGGUAGCCGGUGAGAGGAAUCAUAGGUGUGUUGGAGUGUGUGUCUCCCGUGGGUCGUAGCAAUCCGCCCCCAUUCAGGCAUGUUACCAAAAACAUAACCUACAUGUUACCUGAGUCCAUUCACAUGUUUUUGGUAACAUAUGUUCCCAGAGACUGAUCUGGUGUCAGCCUCUUACCGUCAGUGGAACCUUUAAUGUAUUUUACAGACACUUGUUUUUAAAAGCUCUGAGCCAAGCUGUGCUGCGACUAAUGGAGGAAGCAGUGAGACGCAGCUUGUUUCCAGAAGAACGUAGAAUAAAGAUCAUCACUGAAUUAUUGUAGUUUGAAAUCUAGCUCAUGUAGUAUUGUUCCCUCCAUAGAAUUCUCCUUUUUACCUCUCAUUAUUGUAAAGUAACUUAGUAAAUAAUUAUAAAGACAGCAUAUGUUUAUUUUGUACAAAAAAAGAAAAACUACAGAUUCAUAAUUAACCAUGUUUACCAUUCCUCAGCUGUGAAUUGAUUUGUCGUGGUUUUUGUUGGGGAGGGAGGGGGUCUCUUUAGCACGCAGAGCAUCCAGGACAAUGUUAUAGUGGUGGGAUGACAGAGGUUUAUGUUGGUAUCAGGUAGAGUAAAUAUAUCUUUCUCAUCUCGACAGCUGGUUGGUGAUUUUUAUCUGGUGCCACAUGUUUCAUCCUCCGAUGUCCUGUUGGUCACCUGCUCAGGUGGUAGUGAGGUGCUGUUCGCUUGACAAGGAGGGAUUGGGGUUUUGGGGAAUGCAUCAGUAUUUCAUAUGCAGCAUAUUUAUAUGUAGGGAGACUUGAAGGAAGAGUUUUUGAACCGUUUAUGCUUGUUUGCCAUCUUCCUGAGAGUAAUAUGAGGAGAUCGAUACCACUCUCAUAGCUGGAGCCAGAAUCCGGUUAGCUUAGCUUAGCAUGAAGACUGGAAACAGGGGCAAAGCACCUCUGACACUCAAUGCACAUGAUAUGUCUUGGUUGUGUCCAAAAUCCCCCACUCAUCCACUACCCCCUACUGAGACCUCUGUGAAGGGGACUAUAAAGUGUGCUCAUCUGCAAAAGUUUAAAAAGGCUUUCGGACACUACUCUGCACAUUUUCUCUGUGCUGGUACUCAUGUCAUUGUCGCAGGGUUAUGACGUGGAUCAAAAACAAUACUACAGCAAAUGGAAAAUUCCUAUAAUACAUGUUAAAAGUUUAUUUUACAGUUAAUGGGAGUGCAAUGCAUUAUGGUAUAUAUUGCUCAGUAAAUGACCAUCAGUUGUACAAUCAGUCCAUUAUAUAGGGUAUAAAUCAAUAUUAAUACAAACUACACAUUGGCAAACUCACUAUACAGUGGACUAUGUAGUAAAUAGUGAGUGAUGGCCACAGUUCAUGUUUUUUGAAAUUGCACGAAAAUAAAAGAAAAUACAGCUGGUUGCCAGGCAACUGGUCCCAGCAAAGGCGUAGUCAAGCACAAAACGGCCAUAAAACGGCAAUUUUGACAAUUGUCUCUGAGAGUAUUAGAGAACAAACCUGCGCAGAUGAAGACGUCGACGUUAAGCACAUAAACACAAAGCGUGGCGAACACAGUGGGCAUUCUGAAACAAGCACAAAUCUCUACCAGGUUUUUAUCAGGCCUUUGUUCAGGAAGGUUUCUCAGAUUGUGGCUAAUCCAUUAGAUGAAGAAUCGUAGCUUUGGUCUGUAUAGUUCUGUUUUAACUGUCAGGUUCUGACUCAUCCAAUAAGUAUUCACACCACACUUGACGUAUGUUGUAAUAGUGUUUAUUUUUUAUUAAAAAUACAGUGAAACCAGGUGCUCUAUUAAAGGUCGGGUUGGUAAAUUGUUUCUGAAACUUUUGAUCAUAUUUGUUGAAAUCCUCUCCAUGUCCUGAUAGCCGUCAAUAAAAAAAAGCCAGGUUCUGCAGCCCUGUCAGGACUGUGAUAAACACAACAGAACGAAAUCAUUGGCUGGCGUACUGGCCUGUCACUAUAGUGACGUACUGUAGCUGCCUGUGUGUACCCCUCACAAACCAGAGAGGCUAGAGAGACAUACACUGCUAAAGCAGUGACGAUGGUUAGCGAGCUUCCAGCAGUUGUCAGUCAGUGCACGUUCCUGUGUUUUGGGGGUGUAGCAUUGACAAGAGACUGAUGGAAGGGGGUGGGUUGCAUAUAGCUUUUCCAGGAUUACCAACCCUAUCUUUAAGACAAUAAUACAUUACCACCGUCCGCUAAUCUAAAUACAUUGCGUUGCUUCUUCUGAAAACGGCAUCAGAAAUUCAAAGUUGGCUCUUGGAAGAUGGAAAAAGGUGAACAUGAACUCAUCAUCCUGUUGGGACAGCCUGUAGUUCAGACCGUUUCCUGUUUGUGCCUGUUUCGUGUGGUCAUGCUGUAGUAAGUGAGGCUUAGCCGCCGUGUUAACCAUCUCAAUAUAUCCCGACCCUCUCCAUCUCUGCUGGCCCCCACAUCUCUCCCUCCCUUUGUACAGUAAUGUAAAAAAACAACAUAUAAUUGGACUGUGUGUUUGUGUGCGUGUUUUAUCUUUACUUUUGUUUUGGGGGAUGGAUAUGUGUUUUUUGGGGGCGGGUGGGCACUGUUUAAUUUUUUUCUGUUUUUGAUUUGUCAUUUUUCUCGUAGCGUGACGUAGACGAAGUCAGGUGUAUUGUGAAAUCUGUGUGUAGUGGAUUAGCUCUUACUGCUGAGCCUGCGCGUAGAGCAGGCGUGUAGUGUCACUAUUGAUGUCGGUGUACCUCUAAUCUAUCAGAACUAGCCUUGUCCUACUCUGCUAAUAAUCUACAGUCUAUCUUUUAAGAGAGAGAAAAAAUUUUGUACUAAAAGAAGAGAAAGAAACUACAUAUCUUAUCUUUGGAUUUUAAUCAUUGUUUACCCAUAUUUGAUGACACUACUUUUUUGUUUCCUUUUUGAAGUUGUAUUCAUAGAAAAGAAAAUUAAGAUGAAGCCAGCUGAUACUAAAAGCAUUGCCAAACAAAAAGCUUUGGAUCGAAACUUGAACUACAGAAGAAUGGUUGUUUUUACUGUGAGCUCUGGUGUAGACGGCGGCUGCAGCUACAUAACGAUGCUUCUUUUCUUUUUUUUUCAACAACACUGUUACAUGUACUCAAAUAAAAUAUUUUACACAGUGCAGUGCCACCAGUCGCACAUUGCUGCUUACCUUUUCGUAGCCUGUGGCCCUUAAAAUGAACAGUUUGGCUUUUAUUUCUGUGUAGCUGUUAGAAAAUGUUGGAAAAUGCGCAAAAUCAAAACACCAAAAUUACUCUGCAACCAAGACUGAAUCAGUAUCAGGACCCAUGAAGUCACGGUGUCACUCUUGUGCAGCUCUGAUGCAUAAUAACAGAGCAUGAUAUUGUUUUAUGUAGACGUUUUAACAAGUUAUGUGUAUCAGAUGAGGGUCGUGUUGCUAUUUUAAAUUGAUCCAUUGGUAAAGGGAACCACUGAUUAUUGUGUCAAGCUACCAAAACAAUAACACCUGACUCAUUUGGCCCCUUUAAAGAAAGACUACACACAUGAAGAAGUUAAAAUUCGACCCAUUCGCUCACUAUCACCGAACAACAUAACCUAACAUGAAAGUCUGGACCACUUUUUGCACACCUUCUCCACUGCACUAAAAACACAAGUUUACCUUGUUUCUAUUACAGAAUGUUACCUCUUGAAGUUAUUACUACUGCUCAUAUAAUAAUAAUCUCAGCACUUUAAAGAAGUAUUUUCUUUUUUUAAGCAACAAGAAAAAAGUAUAUAUAAUUACAACAGUUAUUCACAUUUUCAUUCUGGUGAAAAAAGCAGGUAUGAUGCAUGUCUUCUUUCAGUGGUGUGGGUGAAAGAAACAAGUCCAAGUGUCAGUGGACGGACAUGCUGUGUUGUUGCUAUGCCAAUGUAAAUGUUUCUGGGAGGAGAGGAGAAAGAAAAGCACAAGUGAGAAAAAGAGAACACAACUCUUCUGGUACCUUCUAUCAUAUCUAUCUGUCUAUCUAUCUAACCAUGUCUGUUCUUCCUGUUCUUCAACCUUUAGGGCCCAAAUCCAUUGAAAAUGUCUUAGUCCUGUCAGCUGUAUAUCGUAAAACUGUUGAAUUACAAAAUGGUAAAUAAAAUCUAUUUUAAAGAUCA